AUCCUGGAAUCAUGACCUGAGCCAAAAUCAAGAGUCAGAUGCUCAACUGACCGAGUCACACAGGCACCCCUAAUAGGGAAUAUUAGUAAGACAGUGGCUAAUAACCAUCAAAGCACUCUCUUUAAGUGUUGUACUUGGUGAUAUGGUUGAUACGGACUGCUUCCUUUGUAACGUGUUCUCAUGUAACUCCAGUUUCACCAGGAUUCCCUAACUUGUGGGUACAACUGGCUCACAUAACAAUAUAACUGACUCCAUCUGCGUAAAGCAGAAAAUCCCAGACUCUUAUUUCUAGAAGUCUCUGGGGUGGGGAGGUUCUUGAAUAAUCCUCUCCCAUGCUUCCCCUCUUGCACAAACCCUCAACACAUCCACCCAUAAAGACUUUGGGGGCCUGGCUUUGCUACUUCUCUUGAGAGGGCACCAUGUUAAUGGAAAAGACCCAUUUCAGGGUCUCAGAACCUGCAUGGUGCCAGGCCAUUAUGACAUUCUAUGUGGCACUCAUUGCUUUAGAACCAGGCCACAUUUCUCCAACAAGGAGAGAAGGCUCUUCUCCCCACUCCAUAUCAGGGGUCCCAAGCCAGCACUACCAAAGUCCCCUGUUUUCCAGAGUCACAUUGCCUUUAGCCCUGUCACCCUGGGGCUUAGUCAGGAAGACCAGAAUCUGAGUCAGAUACCAUGCAUCAGCUCCAUCCCUGCCCUCAGCUCUCCCCUCUCCAUCCCCAUGUGAAAUAUGCCAGAUUGGUGAGUCCACUAAGUUAUCAGACUUCAUGUCAAGACAUAUCCAGAUCUCGAGUGGGGAUGACUUAUGCUCAAACGCAUUGUGUGCUGUCUUCUUGAAACUCCAUAGUAUUUUAUUUUAUUUUAUUUUAUUUUAUUUUAUUUUAUUAUUAUUUUAUUUUUUCCAUAGUAUUUUAAUAUUAAUAAGUCAAAUUUCCCCUUAUUACUCUUCUCUUUUUUUUAAAAAAAAAUCCAUGUAUGCUAUUACCUGUUUAUUCUUUCAGAUAAAUAUAGGGAUAGUUUUGUCAAUCAUUAAGAAAUUGUUAGCAAAGGUGUUAAACCAAUGAAAUUAAUGAAAGAAUUGACAUCUUUGAAGUGUUUGGGUUUCCAUCAAGCAUGAGGUCAUGUCUCUGUAUCUAUCUGAAUCUUCCUUCACAUCUCCUCCAGAGGGAUUUGGGGAGGUGGAGAGGAAUGGCAAAGAGCAGUCCAAAUGACCCGCUGAGUGGGCUUUGGUAAGCCCAUCAAACACUGCUUGGCCUGAGUGCUACAGAGGUAAUUGGAAAAGGAAGCAGAUGGGUUCUGAGCCAGCUCUGGCUAUCUUCCAGGAAUCCUUGAUUUUUUUGUGUGGCGAUGGAUGAGAGUGUGUGCAGAGAGAACAAAUCUGAUGAAAGCAGAAAAUAAGCUGAUUUGGUAAAUUUGCCAGCCAGGGGGAAUUGUGACUGGAGCCAAGGACCCAUGGUGCCAAGGAUCAUGGAGAGAGGGUCAAAUGAAGACAGGUAGCAAUAGGUGUUGUGAGUGUGGCUGCCAGAGAUGGAGGGCGGGACUAAAAGUCAGACUUGGAUUCCAGUCUGGACUCUGAAAUCAGCCCUCUCUGUUCUCUUCAGUGAGUGGGCUCCCUCCUGAGCAUUGCUCGACCUAAGACUGCUCACUGAGCUCACUGAGGCCUUCUUGAACUGAGUUUCUAUGUGGUAUUUACUAGAGCAUCACAGGAGUUGCAUGACUGAAAAAUGCCCCAAGAUGUUACAAACGUCCAUGUCUAAACCGAAGGACAUAAGUAUAGACGAAAAUGAUGAAAAAUUGAGAAUUCAGAGUGUGCUUGGGAUGAUUCCUGCCAGUGGAAUAGGAAAGAAAAGAAAUCUAAAGUAGCCUAAGGACAUUAUUUAGGGCUGAGGGUUAUCUCCAAAGAAAGUGCUUUAUAAAUGAGUUCUUUGAUCUUGUUUGGUGAGGGUCCCUGGGAAGGCAAAUUCUCUCAGAUAUUAUGGCUUCCUUUGUAGGUAGGAUGAGGCCAGGUACUUUUGCCCCUCCUGGCAGUAGACAUCACAGGAAAAAUUUUCCAGGCUAUUCGCAUUCUUGGGGCUAAAGUAACCCUGGUUUAACUCUGUCACAGAGAUAAACUGUUAACAUAGGGCAUCUGGUGGAUGUCUGCUUCUCAGAUGGAAGGGAGAUCUGUUGAAGUCUUUGGCAGAAACUGGCAUGUAAGGAUCCGGUUCUCCAAAAGAGUGCGAAACAUGACGUGCCAGACUGUAUCUACUUCUGUUAUUCCAUUUCUUUCGUGGGGGUCUUGGGCCAGUAAAUCAUCCUACUUAUGCCCUCCAACUUCACAGGUCUUGCAGGACCUCCCUACCCUGAAGUUCAAAAAUUUCUUCAUUGUGGCUAGCCUCCUUGGUUGCCUCAGGUACCAUUUUUUGUCAGGUCUUUGAAAGGAAAAAUUCUAAGUUCUAUAUGGCAGCCGGUCCCUAAACGGCCUCCAAAUCAGUCCCCGGUGAUCCCUCUUGAUAUUCACACACUUGAGUGGUCCCUUCCCAUAUUGUACCAGGGUUAUUGUUGUUGGUGGUGAAUUAUAUAUAACAGAAGCAUCGGGGAGAGUCAGCGACCACGUUGUGAGGUCACUCAGGCAGCCUACGCUAGGUUCACAUGAUGAGGAACCAAAGUCUCCAGCAAUAGCCAGGGAAAAACUGAGGCCUGACAACAACCUCAUGAGUGAGCUUGGGAGUGAAUCCUCCCUGCAGCUGAGGCUUCGGAUGAGACUGCAGCGUGGCUGACAGCUUGACUCCGAUCUCAUGAGAGACCCUGAGCCUGGAUCCACCUAGCUUAAGCCAUUUGGAGACUCCUGACCCUCAGAAACUCUGUGAGAUAAUACAUGUUUGUUAUUUUGUGGUGCUGAGUUUCCGGGUAAUUUGCUUUGCAGCAAUAGAUAACUGUGGGCUUUGCUUUUUAUUUUUGAGUAGAAAUAAAUAACAUCAAGAAGACAUUUGCUUAUAUGGAAUGACCGCAUAUGCUGUGUGGAAUGACAAAUCAAUAUUUGUCUCUCUUGUACCAGGCUCUGUUCUAGGUCCCUAGAUCCCCAAAUUUAUUUGAUAGUAAGAAUCACCUAAUUGGUAGAAUGAUCUGGGUUUGGGGUGUGACCAAAGAAUCAGUAUGUUUAGCACCCCACAUAAUUCUACAUCAGGCAAGUCUGAGAAGUAUUGCAGGAAAGGAUUCAAAAAUGAACAAGACAUAGCCCUUCUUCAGGUAACAGUGUAAGAUGGAAAGCAAAUUGGUUGGUUAAGAUCUCAUGGAGCAAGGUACAGAAAGAAUCACAGAGUGAUAGUAACAGCUGACAUUUAUCAGGAGCCUGCUAAGCAUCAGGCAUUGUGCCAAAUACUUUACCUGUUUUAUCUUAUUUACUCUUCACAACAACCUUAUGCAAUAGGAGCUAUUGUCAUCUGUAAUUUACAAAUGGGAGAACUAAGCUUUGGUUACCACACUGCCCAGGGUCACACAGCUCCUCUGUACAGAGCUAGGUGGAAAAAAGGCAGCUGAUUCCAUAUGCGAUGCUCUUAACAGCUAUCAUGUUCCGUGUCCCAGGGGACAGGAGACUUGGAGUUGUGAAAGGGCUGUGACAUCUUUGUGAAUGAUUGGAGUUUUGUGCAAAUGAUAGGAGAAGGUGUUCAGAGAGGGAUAUAGGCCAGGGGAAGAUACCGCAUGAAGUGCUGGAACCUGCUAGUGACUUCUGGUGUAAGCUCAACUCAUUUUGUAAAUGGAGAAAGGUACCCUCAGAAAGGUUUUGUGACUUGCCUGAGGUUUGAAAGUAGCAAAGAGGAGUAGAGAUCCAGAACCUGAACUCCCCCUUUCCAUUGUGGAUAAUUGGAGGCCAAACUGGGAUUGACCUUAGAUGCCUUGCUAAGGAGGUCUGAGCUAUUCUGUAGAUCAUUUUAACCAUUUUAAGUGAUAGUUCAAUGACAUUAAGCACAUCCAUACUCAAAACUUUUUUAUCAUCUCAAACAAAAACUCUGUAUCCACAAAACAAUAACUGCCCAUUCCUCCUCCCCUGGUACAUAACAUUCUACUUUCUGACUCUAUGGAUUUGCCUGUUUGAGCUACCUCAUAUACGUGGAAUCAUAUAAUAUUUGUGUUUUUUUGUGUGUCUGGCUUAUUUCAUGUAACAUGUUUUCAAGAUUUCCCCAUACUGUAGCAUGAACUCAUACUUUUUCCUUUCUCCUCAUUUUUUAUUGUGGUAAAAUACACAUAAUACUUACUAUCUUAACCAUUUUGAAGUGUACAGUUCAGUGAAUUAAGCACAUUCACAUUAUUGUGCAACCAUCACCACCAUCCAUCUACAGAACUCUUUUCGUCUUGCAAAACGGAAACUCUGUGUCCAUUUAGUGAUAAUUUCCCCUUAUCCCUCCCACCCCUGGCGACCAACUGCCAUUCUUCUUUCUGUCUCUAUGAUUUUGACUACUCUAGGUACCUAAUAUAAGUGGAAUGAUACAGUAUUUGUCUUUUUGUGCCUGGCUUAUUUCACUUAGCACAAUGUCAUCAAGAUUCAUCCAUGUUGUAGCAUGUGUCAGGACUUCCUUCCUUUUGAAGGCUGACUUAUAUCCCACUGUAUGUAUAUAUCACAUUUUGUUUAUGCAUUCAUCUGUUGAUGCAUAUUUGAAUAAUGCUGCUAUAAACGUAGGUGUACAAAUAGUUCUUUGAGAGACUGCUUUCAAUGACUUUGGGUAUAUAUCCAGAAGUGAAAUUGCUGAUGACAUAAUUCUAUUUUUUAACUUUUGAGGAACUGCCAUAAUGUUUUCCACAGUGGCUCUAUCAUUUUACAUUCCCACCAACAGUGCACCAGGGGUCCAAUUCUUCCACAUCCUCACCAACACUUCUUUCCUUUUUUGAAGGAUGAGAACUAUUCUAAAUUAUGUAUAUAUCACGUUUAAAAAGACCUGUUCAUCAGUUGAUGAACCUUUGGGUUGUUUCCAUCUUUUGGGUAUUGUGAAUAAUACUGCUAUGAACAUUGGUGUGCAAGUAUCUGGGUUCCUGCUUUCAAUUUUUUUUUUUUUUAAGUGGAAUUGCUGGAUCAUAGGGUAAUUCUAUAUUUAACUUCUUGAGAAAUCUAGACUUGAAGGAGAUCUGUGCUCUGUUAAGUUGGUUCUGGUCAUCCUAGCCUUCCUCUGAACAGAUAUCCCUGGUGGGCGGGGGACUUCUCCUUCUCUCUAGCAUCCACACUGUCCCCAUCCCCUCACUUCAUUGCUUUCUGGAAGUUCGUUCUCUGAGCUUCUUUUACACAAAGGUCCAAGCUGCUGAAAUGAAGCUGACCCUGGCGUCCAGCUGGGCUUGCCCGAGGGAGCGGGGUUUGGGUCGGUCCCAGCGUGUGGAGCGAGGGCGGUGCUGUGGGCGGGAGGGGAGCCUCCUCUGGGUUCUUUGAAAUCCCACCAGCUAAGCCGGCCGUGUCCGCCCUCCGGCGGCGGCCGGGGCUGACCAGGUGAGCCGGCGGACAAGUCCCGUGCCCCGGGGGCGGGCACAGCGGGCGGGUGGUACUUCGCUCGGACCCGCGCUGAGCCCAGCUUUGAGCGCCAGCGCCCCCGUUCCUGCCCACGGCGGUCGUUCUGGAGCCUGAGCCUGGGGAGCGCGCGCCGCCCGGCGCCCUCCCGCGUGUCCUCGCUGCCGGCUGCCGCCUCUGCUUCCCCGACACUCCGGCCCGGCCGCGACUCCGGGGUCGCCAGCCGCGCGCCCGCGCAGCGACCCCGACGUGUCCGGCUCCCCGGCCCGAGCACGCCUCUUCUAAUCAGCCGCCGGUGCCCAGGGCGCCCCGCGGCCACCGGGGGCGGGGAGCGCCAGUGCGGGGCGGGCCCGGGCCGGGGGUGGCCCUGCCGCGGGGCUUGCGUUCUUGGGGUCUGCGGCGGCGCGCGAGCGUAACUCCCGACCGGGCAGGGAGCGAACCCCGAGAAGAGGAGGAAGAGCGGGGACCGCUCCGGUGCCUGCGGGCCUCUGGGCGCAGGGGCUCUUGUCUCCGUCCCCGGAUAAAAAACCGCACCUGGUCCGCCCGCCGGGAUGCCGCAGGUCCUUGAGCAAAAUUGCAACAUUUCAGAUCUUCAGUGGAAAUGAAAUAAACUGAGCCAGUGCCUGGUUGUCUCUAUAGCAAUCCAGCCUUCCCUGUAUGAGCUUAGGAUGGAGCUUGGAUACUGUACCCCAAGGAUGCUGGCAAAGACACUCUGACUCAUUAAGGGAGAACUGAGUGUGAGCAGAGAGGGGAGACAGCCUCCCACACAUCAUCCCAGAGGAAUUCUAAGCAGUGUUGUUCAGAGCACUACUUGGCCAGAUGGAGAUCACCACGGGGGUCAUGGAUGAGAAUACCACCAACACCUCCACCAACUUCCUUUCUGUGCUUCCCCCCCACGGAGCCCAAGCUGCUUCCUUCCCAUUCAACUUCAGCUAUGGUGACUAUGAUAUGCCUUUGGAUGAAGAUGAGGAUGUGACCAAUUCCAGGACUUUCUUUGCUGCCAAGAUCGUCAUUGGCAUGGCCCUAGUGGGCAUCAUGCUGGUCUGUGGCAUUGGCAACUUCAUCUUCAUUGCCGCCCUGGCCCGCUAUAAGAAGCUGCGCAACCUUACCAACCUGCUCAUUGCCAACCUGGCCAUUUCUGAUUUCCUGGUGGCCAUUGUCUGCUGCCCCUUUGAGAUGGAUUACUAUGUGGUGCGCCAGCUGUCCUGGGAACAUGGCCAUGUCAUGUGUGCCUCUGUCAACUACCUGCGCACCGUUUCUCUCUACGUCUCCACCAAUGCCCUGCUGGCCAUCGCCAUUGACAGAUAUCUGGCCAUCGUCCACCCGCUGAGACCCAGGAUGAAGUAUCAAACAGCUACUGGCUUGAUUGCCCUGGUGUGGAUGGUGUCCAUCCUCAUCGCCAUCCCUUCAGCCUACUUCACAACCGAAACGGUCCUCAUCAUUGUCAAGAGCCAAGAGAAGAUCUUCUGUGGCCAGAUCUGGCCGGUGGACCAGCAGAUCUACUACAAGUCCUACUUCCUCUUCAUCUUUGGCAUCGAGUUCGUGGGCCCCGUGGUCACGAUGACCCUGUGCUACGCCAGGAUCUCCCGGGAGCUCUGGUUCAAGGAGGUCCCAGGCUUCCAGACGGAGCAGAUCCGGAAGCGGCUGCGCUGCCGCAGGAAGACGGUGCUGGUGCUCAUGUGCAUCCUCACUGCCUACGUGCUGUGCUGGGCUCCCUUCUAUGGCUUCACCAUCGUGCGCGACUUUUUCCCCACCGUGUUCGUCAAGGAGAAGCACUACCUCACGGCCUUCUACGUCGUGGAGUGCAUCGCCAUGAGCAACAGCAUGAUCAACACCCUGUGCUUCGUGACCGUCAAGAACAACACCAUCAAGUACUUCAAGAAGAUCAUGCUGCUCCAUUGGAAGUCUUCUUACAAUGGGAGUAAGUCCAGUGCGGAUCUUGAUCUUAAAACCACAGGGGUGCCGGCAACUGAAGAGGUGGACUGCAUCAGACUAAAAUAACUGGAUGGACCUUUCAAAGUUUAAACAAAGACAGACCUUUGGGACACUGACCAGUGCUAGAUACAGACUAUCAACCAAGAACUCUUGGUUUUCGGCAGAAGGCAGAGGUAACGGACAGCUUAGUGAACACUGUGUUCAAGGAGCUCAGAAUUUAUAAAACUGAUGUGACUAGAUACCAUCUCCAGUGGCCAACAGUAACUGAAUGUCUAAUGUAUGCAAAGAGUAGGCACUGGUGAAAUGCAUUUAUGUUGACAACAUUUAAUUGGCAAAAAGAAAUAAGGAUUCAGCCAAGACAAAUGUUGGGGCAUAGCCUG